AUGGAUCACAUCAAUUCAUUCGGCAAAGGCCUGACACCGGUCAAGAGACCUCAAUCCAUCGUCCACCGGAUUGGACGUAUGAGUUCCUCAAUCUCUUUGCCUUUUGGAAAGAAGAGCGCAAAGACGUUCACCAAGAAUUCAAAGAAAGACAAGAAGAUCAAGAAGAAGUGUACUCGAAAGUCUACUAAAAUCGUUAAGAAAGAGGAAACUACCUUAACUCUUGCAGAAUCUUCUCAUUCUGCAGCCCUCACUUCAGAAACUGUCGAUGAGUUUGGCAGUCUUUGCCACAGCGAUGAAGAUUUCUCAGAAGGGACAAUGGGAGGAGAAAACCUGGAUCAAAGCACUCACCACGAAGAAGAAGACUUCUUUGUUGCUCUGAACCAAAACGAGUUCCUGAUUGAGUGUUUUAUGACCAAUGAAUGCAGCGACCAAACCUUCAUUGUACAUUUCUACGCCGAAGAUUCACCGUCUCUAUCAUACGAUAUUGAGGAAGCCAUUUUGAUUCGUACCAUGGAAUCUGGAUCCAACUGCCAAUGCCGUCGAGUGAACUCAAGACUGACCCCGCUGUUUACAGCAAAGCUUGGCAUUGAUCCCGACCAACCAACAAUUGUUGCAAUCCGAAAUGGUGUUGUCGUAGACAGAAUAUCCGACAUCUCUCCUGGAUGCUGGGAACUCGAGAAGUGGAUUUCAGACACUGGCAUAUUGACGCAAAAGCCAGACAACAACAGUGCAUUCCCCAGCAUGAAUGUACACUCGUGUUGA